CGAGCCUUGACAUGGACAAGCUGAAGAAGGUGCUGAGCGGCCAGGACACCGAGGACCGCAGCGGUCUGUCCGAGGUUGUGGAGUCGUCAUCACUCAGCUGGAGCACCAGGAUAAAAGGCUUCAUCGUGUGCUUUGCUCUAGGGAUCCUGUGCUCACUGCUGGGUACUCUUCUGCUGUGGGUGUCCAGGAAGGGACUCUUUGCAGUGUUUUACACCCUGGGUAACAUCACAUCAAUUGGGAGUACCAUGUUCCUCAUGGGGCCAUUGAAGCAGCUGAAGCGUAUGUUUGAGCCUACCCGUCUCAUCGCCACAAUCCUGGUGCUGUUGUUUUUUGUACUUACUCUGUGCUCUGCCUUUUUGUGGAAUAAGGGACUUGCGCUCAUCUUCUGUAUUUUGCAGUCUUUGGCCUUGACGUGGUAUAGCCUUUCCUACAUACCGUAUGCAAGGGACGCUGUGAAGAAGUGCUUUGCCGUGUGUCUUACGUAACACGCUGCCAGCGUGCAGGGAGCACUGUGGACAGAAGCUGAUGGACAGUUCUGUACAUCCCCUCUAAGCCUCUGUCGCACAGACACGUGCCUUCUACUUGUGGCAGUGUGUUCCUUGCAGUUCGGACAUUUUUGAGGGUUGCCUGUGGGAGCCGUCAUGAGUCCUAAACCUUAAUGUCUGUAACACAAUGGAGGUUCUGUGGCUUGUGUAGACAACUCUUGUGACUGUUCUCCUCUGGGAGGUGUCCCACUGAGUUCUCCCAGAGCAGUCUUUGUCCAAUAGCAGUCCAUAAACCUCAGGAGCCUCUGGUUCCCAGGCGGCAGGAAGGUCUAGCAGGGCUUCUGGUGGAGCAGCAGGAACUACAGAAUUUUAAAGAUUUGCCCCUUAUCAAGAAACCAUUGGCCCAGCCUCACACAGCAUCUUCCCUGGUGUCUGAGAGCAAGUUAUCCUGCCUGUCCUAAGACCCGGAGAGCCUGCCCUGGAUACAUUGUUCCUUUCCCUGGGCAGCACCUUCUUGCUGUUCUGAAUCAUGGCUGGCUGGUGUCCAAUGUGGAUUCUUUUCUCUUGCCCUCACCCUCCCAUGUCUGUCUUGUGACCUUGGGACACUGGUUAAUUGAGAGUGAAGGAGUGACCUAAUUUUCCUUUUGGACAAGAGCCAUUAGAAAGUGAAAAAUCUUCACGUUCCUUGCUUGGUUUGGUUUCCUUCAUCAUUUAUAAGUGUUUACUUUCCAUUCUUUGCUGGAGUUGGGAUUAAGGAAAGUGCGUGGAAGACAGAUCCCUCGUGGGCCAGUGAGAAGCAGGCAACCUAAGGGGUCCAGCACUGGCACCAGGUCCGCACAGGACACUGGUGGUCAGCCCGUAGGUGGUGGUGCUGCAGCCGAGUGCCUAACCACACACAGCGUUCUUGUGUUGGGGAUCUCAUCUGCUCCUCACGAGGGCCAUGCGAGUUGUCUCACUGCAGUCAGAGCUGGAGCUCAGGCUGGUUUCCACAUCACCUGGAGCUCCAGCUGUGACCUGACUUAGUUCCUGCUAUGACUCUGUGUAUCCUGGCAUGGCUCUGCUCAGAGCCUCCGUCACCUCUCGUAACCCUGUUCUUGUUUUCAUCCUCCUAGUUUGGACCUUUUCUGAUGCAGCAUCUGUGUCACUUGUGCUCCCUGCUCCCUCGUUUUGCUUUUGGGCAGCUUCCCUCUGCAUCUGUAGGAUGGCCACCAUCCUAUGGUCCCUUGUAGCUGCUCAGCACUUACUUGUUUUGACAGCUUGAGGUCCUGGAAGUCUAGGUUUGCCCUUUGGUCUUUGCUCAGGGCUGGCUGUUCUACUUUGACCUCUGUCUUAUCACUGCCAGACCAGAGGAGGCGAGCACUCUCGUCUCUGCGGUUGUGGCCAGUUGCUGAACUGUGGCUAAUGGCUCUCUUUUCUCCUGAGAUGGAGAAAUGUGGACAGGCUGAUCGGGACUAGGGCAGAGGUUAGCUCAAUCUUUCUAGAUUCUUGCCAUGCUGUUGAAGGCAUCAAGAAGUCUUUAACCUGUCUUCAGUCAGGAAGCAAAAUUAUAUGCUACCUUCUAGCUAUGUGAGGCACAUUCAUGUCCCAGGAGCCUUGGGAACCAGUUCAGGUCUCAGAAGGGCUCAGGGGUGAGAAGGACCCUUGGGGUGUUUAGGAGUACCCAUGGUUUCUAGCUGACAUGAGGGUACGGUCACAAGCUCCAACUACCUUGUGGUCAUGCACCUAAAAGGCUGACCUCUCCACGCCCUUGUCGGUGACUGGGCUUGAGCUCAGGUAUCUUUUAAAGAUGUUAGCAAGGCUGGAUAGCAUGGCAGUGUGAAUGUGGGCUUAGAAAAUAAUCAGAUCCAGAUGUGAGCUGUAGGCUGACAGAGGCUGCUGGCUCGCUGGAGGAUGCCAGUGAAGGGGAACGCAUCAAGUGCUUGGUGUGCACACAGCAAGCUGAGUCUCCAUGAGCUAACUGAUGACUGCCGAAGGUGCUGUCUGGGUGCUUGCCCUUUAAUUUGUCUAACUUAUUUAAUUCUGUGUCCAUCACUGUAGACUGCCAAACAUUGUCUCACUGAAUGGUCACGGUGACUGUCAGGCAACAGAUAACUUCCUUCAUCAUCAUAAAGCAGCCUCAGAAACUCCCACAAGCAGGGGCGUCAUUGAGGAGGCUCUAGGUUGAGAUCGAGUCUUGGAUAAAAGGCUUUGGCCUAAUUCCCACAGCUUGUGGUCAGUUUGCCUCAACAGCUUGAGUCUGGACACAUGUAAGCAUCUUUUGGAUGACUGUCUUCCAGACUCCCAGAUUUUUUUCUUCAGUUGCCUUAUCUCUUGGUUUCUAACCCUGCUUUUAUUGGACUAUGGAAGGAAGAAAGCCACUUCAAGUCUGCUGAGUCUCCUACCAAGCCAGUAGCUUUGAUUAAAAGCAGCUUAGUGAGUGAGGCUGAGGUGAAGAGUUAGCCUCUGACUAUGGCUGUGGGUGUUGUCGGUUUCUUUUUCCUUCCCUUCAUUCUCCCCCAUUCACUGCCCAGUGGGCAGGGCAUCCCUGUGUUGCCAAGCGAUGCAAACUGUUGAGUGACCACUGUAGAAGCAAUGCGGUCCUCAGACAGGCUGUGUUUCCAGUUGUGGGGGACAUCUGGCCUGAAGUUGCCUUCCCUGGGCUGCAGUCUGGGGAGUGCUUCACUGAGAGCACCAUUGCGCCUCCAGGAAUUAGCUUUGGGUCCCCUUGGCUGGCCCUCCCUCUACUCCAGGUUGAUUGUUGGGACGCUGUGGGGGUGAGUGCCUGCUCACUGAGUUCUGUCUCUCUCACUGUGCCUUUUCACAGACCAAGCUCUAAGGGAGAUUUUGUCAAUCCUGCUCCUCUGUAUGGCUGCCGCUCUAAAAAUCUUGUCUUGGGGAAGGGUGAGAUAUAUUUCCAGCUUGGCAUUUUCACCAUGGAGAUCAUCUCAGCGCUUGGGUGUUGGUGAUGUUGUAGAUCAUGUCUUAAUUGCCGCCUUCCCUUCCACAUAGUUACUGCAGGCUGAGAGAAUAAGACAUGAAAUCAUGAACUGCAUCCCCUAUAAAGUUCCUUUUUAAUACUUUAGUUAGAAUAAAUAACUAGCAGUGAGACGAUAUCUGAAACAGAUGUGAAGAGCUGGGCUGGUUUGGCUUUUGUUGCUGGUGUCCCUGUAAGUGAUAGGUUUUGCCAUGUAUGAGAGGAGACUUGGUGGAAUGAAUCGGCCAGUCCAGGUCCACUCAUGGCUGUGGCUUUCCUUUCCUGUGUGCACCUCUGUCUAUCCUGAUUUUACACUUCCUCUGGACAGUAGAGUUGGUUGUAUACCCUUUACAUUCAUAGCCAAGCCGAAGAUUUAAUUUUUAGUUAAUUAAAUAAAAAAAAUCAGUGUUUAAAGCAGUAUAAAGAUGUGCGCUAGACUUUGUGGCAGUUUUAUUUUUAAUGUUCAAGUUAUUUUUUUGUAAGUUUAAUAUGUGCUAUAGCUUACAGAUAACAUCCUUUUAAAAGUGAAUGAAGUUUAGCUGAAAUUCAUUGCAAAUAUACAUCCCCCUCUCCGCCCCCUAGACGUCUAAAUUGCUUAGGAAGUUUUAUUAGAAGGAUUGCUUCGGGGUGAUCUUGAAGUACCUGCCAGCUCAGUUUUUGCUUUGAGUCUAGUGUUUUUAGGCUAGCAAAGGGGCAACACGGUGGAGUUUGUUAAAUCCCAGUUCACUCAGGACGGGCUGUUCCACAUUUGAGUAUUUCCAGCCCUGCUGGGACUGAGAGACACUUGAAAUUACUGGUAGCAGAGCCGUCAUCAUGUAAGUUGACAUUCAGAUCCCUUCUAGCAGGAGCUGGUAGCUGGCUGGUAGACUUGGGUAUGUUCAGCAGGCUUCUCUGCAAACUGGCUGACCUGAAACCAGAGAAAAGAGGCCCCGUACAUAGAAAUCCUGUUGAGGAUGAGAGGUCAGCCCACGGCAUCAUAACAAAUAGUGACAAAUGCUCUGUGUUCAGAGUAACGAAUAGAAUGCUUGCCUAGCACGCGUGGAGCCUGGGGUCCAAUCUCUGCAAAUGCAUACAUUGGCCAUGGUGGCGCGUGUCUGUUAUCCCGGAACUAGGGGAGGUAGAGGCACGAGGGUUUAGAGUAUAUUAGACCCUAUCUUAAAGAGAGAAAAAAAGAAUCAAAGAUCAAGUCUGGUGUUUGGGCCCAUGCACAUGGCCCUGUCAAAUGUUCAGAAUGUUUUUUUGGGCUUUUUCAUCAUGUUUGCUUAGCUUGAAUAAGGAAAGGUAAACAAACAAACAAACAGAAAACAAGCAGAACCUCCCUGAACUCCAUCCUUUGUAACUGAUUGUGAAGUUGCUAGCGAGGGUGUGCAGAGGCCAGCGGUGAGGGCACUGCACCCUUGUGUAGGCCUUGGGCCCCUGGGCACACUUCCCAGCAGCAAAGCCAAAUCCAAAUGACCGUGGUGGGUUUAUAUGCCUUCAGAACACUGUAUCUGUUCCAAUACAGUGAGCUUUUAAAACACAUUGUUAAAAAAAAAACACAAACAAUUUUUAUAAUUGUGUAGGUGUAGUUGAUUUUGAAUGCUACUGAUUGUAUAACUGAAUUUUUAUAUUCAAAAUAUAUAUUCUUGAGUACUGCC